AUGUCUUCCAUCAAUCGCGGAGAGAGUGACCCUCACUCCUCGGGGUAUGAGGGCGAUAUCAGCGACCAGGUCUCUGAGACUCGCGCCGUUGCCAAUCCUGACACUGUCGACGAGGGUAGCAGCGAGACCAGCGAGACCAAUGAGCUUGAGACUGGAACCAUCUGGAUAGGCUGCGAUGUGCGCGACGCCGGUCCAGGAGUUCAAAGCGAUGAGGAUGCCGAGUUUGGAACCAUUGUGAUCGGCUGUUCUAUUCGUGACAUGGGCUUCGAGAGCUACCAGGCAUAUCUGAACGCAGAUGACCAAGCAACGGUUGAGCACAUCGAGAACAUCGACGAGAUAGCGGACGUGGAACACUCAAGUACUGCGGCCAUUGACGCCAACAACAAGAAAUUGAUAAGCUUGGACUAG